AUGAAGCUCUCAUUCCGAGAUCUCAAGCAGCAGAAGUUCACUAUCGAUGCCGAACCCACUGACACCAUCGGUCAAGUGAAAGAGAAAAUUGCCACAGAGAAAGGUUGGGAUGCAGCUUCACAGAAGCUCAUCUAUUCCGGCAAGGUGCUCGCCGAUUCCAUGACCGUCGAGGCCUACAAGAUUGAGGAGAAGGGGUUCAUUGUCUGCAUGAUCAACAAGCCCAAGACUGCCCCCGCCUCCAAACCUGGACCUCCUGCUACGCCUGCUGAUUCUGCCUCAACUUCGACCCCUGCCGCACCGGCUGCUCCUCCGUCCAAUCCAUCCACCGCUCCUUCAAAUCAGCCCUCCACCCCGACUCCUGCUCGGACUCCAGCCCCAGCCCCGGCUGCCGGAGCACCUGGUUUUAAUGAUCCCUCGGCGUUCCUUAUGGGUAACCAGAAUGAAGCGACCAUUCGUGAGAUGGAAGCCAUGGGAUUUGGAAGAGCUGAGAUUGAUCGUGCUCUCCGCGCCGCAUUCUACAACCCUGACCGAGCCAUUGAAUACCUUCUUGGUGGCAUUCCAGAGAAUGUUCAGUCCCAACAACGUCAAGCAGCUGCAGCAGCUCCAGCAGGUGGUGCACAGGCUCCUCCCGUGGCAACCGGUCCUCCCGCGGCCCAGGCUGCUCCCCAACCCGUCACCACUUCCGGAAACGAACCAAUCAACCUUUUCGAAGCUGCAGCUCAGGCUGGUCAGCAGGGUCGUGGUGGUGCUGCAAGAGGUGGAGCGGAACAUCCUGGUGCUCAAGGUCCAGCGGAUUUGAAUUUUUUGCGAGACAAUGCUCAAUUCCAACAACUCCGGCAACUUGUUCAGCAACAGCCGGCCAUGCUUGAGCCAGUAUUGCAGCAACUCGCCGAGGCAAAUCCGCAACUGGCGCAGAUGAUCGGCCAGAACGAGGACCAAUUUCUUCAGCUCCUCGCCGAGGAUACUGGACUUGAUGGUAUGAGUGAACAUGGUCCUCUUCCACCUGGCGCGGUCAACAUUUCCGUGACCGAAGAGGAACGUGAUGCUAUUGAACGUCUCUGUCGAUUGGGGUUCUCUCGUGACCAAGUCAUCCAGGCUUACUUCGCAUGCGACAAGAACGAAGAGUUGGCAGCCAACUUCCUGUUCGAGCAGCCCGACGAUGAUGACCAACAGUGA